GAAUGACCCAAAUUUACAAAUUGACGUUGUCAACCAGCUCUUUAAUUCUCGUUGGACUAGCUUCGAAAGGUAUAUUAAGGCCCCAAGUCGCACUUGAUAUCAAGGAUCAUCAUCGCUCCAUCCUCGAUUCGCCAUCAAAUCAACCCGACUCCUUCCUUUUGACACAAACCAACCCUCAGGCGCAUUCUAGAACACGCACAAUGUACUCCAACAUGCUUUUGCUCGGGUUCAGCAUCCUCACCGGCGCCCUCGCGGCUGACCAAGUCGUGACCAUGUACCUCCCAGACAACGACGACGCCCAAGCUCUAGCUGGCAGAGUCCUUGGAUCACAAUCUGACACCACGACAUAUCUUAUUGCCUGUGCCGACUCAGUCACCACCACGUGCGACCUGCCCGCCGCCGCAACAGUCAUCCAGGCCCCAUCUACUGUGAGCCUGAUUGCCGAUGUGUCCGGAGAGCCGGUAGUCGUAGCCUGCACGCACGAUGACGAGAUCGCGACAUGCUCCAUGGGGGCUGGUGAGGUGUGGUAUGUCACCGACACCGAGAGUGUGACUUCAUACGGUGUUACCAUCACCGGGACUGGGACGCCCUCGUCGGGGUCGACGCCGGCUUCUAGUUCUGCGACGCAUACGUCGACGACCCCUACUAGCAGCGCCACUCAGGCGGACUCGAGCCAGUCGAGCACUAACACGACUACCGGUGCGGGUGCACAACAAACCGAUGAUGAUGAUAACGGGGCUGUGACUCGUAUAUCGGGAGUUGGGCUCGGCGCUGCUCUGAUGGCGAUCGGGGCUGCUGCCGUUGCUCUCUUGUAGAGGUGGAUCGAGCAUGGGGGUGAAGUUAGCUUGUGCUUGAGAAUGCCUGUUGUGUUAUAUGUAGAUAUAUUUAUAGAUCACGGAACUGAUAAAAGCUGUCAUGUUUGGA